CUGAGCGUGAAAUUGAAAGAGAAGUAUGACGAACAACUAAAGUGCAGACUCUAGAGGCUAUAUCCUGUCAGUGUCAUCAGCUCAUGCAGUAUCAUCGAUUCAUAAAUGCCCCGCUCUGUUGUAGUUAGGUAAUUCUAUUUCCUCACCAGUAAGUUAUCUGUGGGAUUAAUUCUGGUCCACAUAACACAAUAACAACGCCAUAGCCAUGAACAGAUGAACACUCUCCGUUAGUAAAAUCCACCAUCGCACACAUCAGAAAAAUUAACCCAAGAAGCCAUGAAUUUGUCACUCUCAAAGCUCUAUCUCAUCGUUUACAAUUCUCUUCAAGCUCUUGGAUGGGCAAUUGCUCUCUUCAAGAUUCUGACUAGUGUUAUUUCAACACACUCAAUAUCUGAAGCUUAUGCUUCUGCUGGACAACUUAUCAGUUUGUUGCAAAUCCUUGCAUUUUUGGAAGUGAUUCAUGGAGCUCUAGGUAUUGUUCCGAGCGGAGUGUUAUUCCCUUUUAUGCAAUGGGGAGGAAGAACCCAUUUUGUUUUCAUUGUUCGUAAUAUUGUCGAGGUUCAGGACUUGUCAUCAGUUUUUAUAACGUUUCUUGCUUGGAGCAUGUCUGAGGUGAUUAGGUAUCCACAUUAUGCUUUGAACAUUAUUGGAAUCUGCCCAUCUUGGAUCAAUUACCUCAGGUAUACAGCAUUCAUUGUUCUAUAUCCUAUAGGACUUGCUCCUGGUGAAAUGUGGCUCAUGUACCAAGCACUUCCAUUCGUAAAGAAGAAGAGUCUCUACGCUAAUCUGUUUUCCGCCCUCCCAUUCAACUAUUAUGACUUUCUCUGGGUCGUGCUUGUAUGCUACCCCUUCCUCUGGCUCAAACUUUACCUGCAUUUGUUAAAGCAACGGAAGUCGAAAUUGGGUAAACACCGAGAGAUAAAGAAGAAGAAUUGAACAUUUUGAGUUCUUUCAGCUUUUAUAUAUGAAUGUUUCAGAAACCAAUUAAUCUCAUGUGCAGAAUUCCAAGAUUUUUGAUUGAGCAUGAAAGAUGCUUUAACAAAACCAUUGCAUUUAAUAUACAUUGUUUAGACUUUUA